UUUCUCUCUUCUUCUUUUUUAUAUCUUUUUUCUUUCUUAUUUUACAUAUUCAUCUACAACUUUAUUAGACCUUUUUUUUCUUUUCUGACCUUUUUCUUCUUUUAUAAUGGGUUCACCCGAACAUUCUCCAACAGAAGUUGAUGAUCAUGAUGAUUUAUUUGAUAAUGACUAUGAUGUUUUGGACGAAUGGACAACAUCUUCUGAUACUUUACUUUCUGAAAACGACUUUGAUAUGAUUGACCGUUUAUCAGCAGCACUAGAUCAAGUUACACAUCAACUUAAUGACAAACAACGAGAACUAGUACAAAAGUCGUCAGCCUGGACAAAUAAAACACGCGAUCGUAUUCGACAACAAACCAAGAAACUCGAAACACGACGGACAUUGUUAGAACAGAAACUCGUCAAACAAUAUGAAUCUAUCAAUGCAAGGAUGAACAAGGACGCAAAAACUGUACAACUUCGAGAUAAGGUAUCAUUUGUAGUGGGUGUGGGUAAUGCAUGUAUCACUCCUGCCUUGACUGCUCGUGUACCUCAAUGGAUUCCUCUCUACUAUACCAUCCAGUCACUUUAUCUAUUGUCCCUUCGUUUUGUAGUGUACAAGUACCGACGUUGGCAUUAUUUUAUUUUUGAUUUAUGCUACUUUGUCAAUGUAUUGGUGUUAUUUUAUCUUUGGGUUUUUCCUGGUUCUACUUAUUUGUUCUAUGCUACCUAUACCUUAACCAGUGGACCUGUUGCUUGGGCUAUUGUCACUUGGCGUAAUUCUUUGGUCUUUCAUUCCUUGGACAAGGUUACCUCUGUCUUUAUUCAUAUUUUUCCUGCUCUUGUGACUUAUGUGAUACGAUGGUUACCCGAACUACAUCCUGAUACCCCUGCUGGCACCUUGUAUCGUGACCAACAUUUCCCUGCCCUGAAAGCUUCCUUAUCUGGUAAUAUCGUCAUGUCAUUCAAGGAUUGUAUGGUCAGUUCCACCAUGGCAUAUCUGAUUUGGCAAGCACUCUAUUUCGUCUUUAUUAUGGUAAAACGUCGUGAAAAAGUGGAAUCUGGUUUACGUGUCACUUCUUAUUCUUGGUUACUGAAUGAUUCUGGUUCGACUCACAAGAAAUCAUUUAUCCAACGUGCUGCAUUUAUCUUUGGUCCUCAAUAUAAGGCAUAUAUGUUUAUGUUACUUCAACUGAUUUACAAUUUGGUCACCACCGUACCUACCUACUUUAUGUUCAAGCACUUUUGGUUACACACUUUAUUCUUAUGUACUAUGUUUGGGGCCAGUGUCUGGAACGGUGCCAACUAUUAUAUCGAAGUCUUCUCUCGUCGAUACCUGAUGGAAAUCGAACAAGGAAUAGUAAAAAGAAAUGUGGUUGAUCAGGAUCAAAACAAAACAAAUGUGGAAAAUAGGAAAACGACUUGACGGUUUGGAUGCUUUUUAUUGGAUGAUCACAUUUUUGUAGUUUAAUUUAUAAAGUUGUUUUUUUUUUUCAAUAAAGAUAUUCUAUUUUUUUUUUUUUU